AUGGUUGCCAAAACACUCUUUGCGGCGAUGACGCUUGCUGGCUUGUCAGCAGCCCAGACAUACACAGAUUGCAAUCCCACAGAGAAAGCAUGCCCUGCAGCGCCUGCUUUAGGAAACAAGAAGAUUGACUGCGACUUGACCGCGGGCAUGUGCGACGGUUUCACCCAGCUCGACACACUUACCAAUGUUACGUACAGUGAGAAGGGUGCAUUGUUCAGAAUCGACAACGAGGACCAGGCACCCACCUUUGCAUCGGAUAAAUACAUCUUCUUUGGUCAUGUCGAAGUAGAAGUGCAAGCUGCCGCUGGCCAGGGUAUUGUCACAGCUAUCGUUCUUCUCUCGGCGGACCUGGAUGAAAUUGACUGGGAGUGGGUUGGUGGAACGGAUGGAGAAGUCCAGUCCAAUUGUUUUGGAAGGGCAGGCGUCAAUACAACAUAUACUUGUGUCAGCGAUCAUGCCGUUUCUAAGCCUUACACGACGUAUCACACUUACGGCUUCGAUUGGACUUCGUCAAAGCUCGACUGGCUCAUCGAUGGCAAAGUUGUUCGAACUCUUGCCUUUGAAGAUGCCGUGGGCGGCACUCGUUUCCCCCAGACCCCCUCACAAGUAAAGAUCGGCACUUGGGUUGGCGGUAAAGCUAGCAAUUCCGACGGCCUUAUCUGGUGGGCUGGAGGCUUGACAGAUUUUAAUGAUGCCCCUUUUGAUGCCUACUUCAAAUCCGUCAAGGUCACCGACUACGCCGGGGGUGAUUCAGCGCCAGAAGAGAGCAUUCUGGAGUAUGCCUAUACUGACAUGAGCGGAACUUGGCAAGGAAUUGAGGUAGUCAAAGGGGAAGCGGUUAGCUCAUCGUCAUCUUCUUUGACUGUUCCAGCUACGACAGCAUCUGAGAAGGCUUCUUCCUCCACUACCAGUCUACCAGUUUCUACGACUUCUGCCACAUCCGAAAGCACUAGCUCGGCAGACAGAAUUUCCACCGAAUCUCCAGUUGGUUCGACUACUCAGACCACAGCCGUUUCUCAAUCCACCCCCUCUUCGAGCGCGUUCGUGUCUAACACCGUAUCAUAUACACCAACCGAGACAAAUACGCCAGUUGAAAUCUCUGCAACCAGUUCAUUACAAAGUGACACUACUACUUCAUCCAACCCUACGAUCAUUCAAACCCCAUCACCGUCUAUCACCCCUUCCUCCAGCGCUGCUGAGGAGCAGUUGACUACAUCGACACUCUUUUCUACCUCUAUUUAUACCGUUACAUCUUGCGCCCCGACUGUAACAGAUUGUCCGGCCGACUCAACCGUCGUGGUAACCGCAACUGUGCCCAUUUUGACAACUGUGUGUCCUGUAUCUGCGUCAGCAUCUGGGCCAGCAUCUACGGCACAGACACAAACAGGGUCCAGUUACGUUUCAGCGCCUACCAGUGGCUCUAAUGAGAUUUUGACCACCUCCACGAUUUUUACUACUUCUGUUUAUACGGUCACGUCUUGUGCCCCAACUUCCAAUAAUUCUCCAGCUCUCACCAGCAAUGUAGAGGACCAGUAUACUACCUCCACGAUCUAUGCUACUUCUAUCCGCACCAUUACAUCUUGCGCCCCAACUAUCAAAAACUGCCCGGCGGAUUCAACAAAGGUUGUGACCAAAACCUUGGCCGUCUCUACCGCAGUUCAUCUCAUCUCAUCUGCGUCGGCAACACCUACCUUGGGUACCACAGAUAUUCCGGACGUUAAGGAUACCCAAAGGCUCAAGCCUACGGCAGGGUCGCCAGUCUCUACAGCAAGCCGCUUGAGUAGCAACGCACCCGCACUUCCCAGCAUUUCUAAAUCAUCUCCUUUACCAUCCACGAUUGUUUUUGCGACCCCAUCUCAUGUUUCACACAGUCUUAAUAGUACUGCCACACAACUCCCACUUCCAACUGCUGGGGCAGUUCGCCUAGGCAAAGGUAUCGAAUUGGCCACCGUCUUAGCCUUGGCCAUUGUCCUUGUUGUAUAG